AUUAAUAUAUAUUUACCUUUCCAUAUAUAUGGCUCAAACUAUUAAACGUAAACGGCUGAGCAAGAUAAUCAAGCAAAAUAUAUCUCUCAAAGAUUCCGUGGAUCUAUAUAUCGUAGUAUGAAUAUCCCAAGCAUGCAUGCUUCAAGAAACAAUGAAACCGGAGAAGGAGAGAAACCUGAAACAAGCAAACAUUCAAAAGGAAAAAGUUCAAUGCAACGAAGAAGGGUGAUCUGUCGACGGUUGCUAAGGGACAAAAUUAAUAGAAAAUUGAAAACUCUCCAGGAAUUAAUUCCCAAUUGCAGUAAGAGAGGCCAAGCAUCUAUCUUGGAUGAUGCCGUCAAGUACAUAAACAACCUUCAAACUCAACUUCAAAUGAUGUCAAUGACCGCAAUUUGGCCCACAUAUGGGUGGGCCAUGAACCCCCAACAACUGCAAUUAGGGAUGCAGGUUUCUAGUCUUGCACCCUUUUUACAAGAUAUUGGUGGAAUAAAAUAUGAGCUUGGAGCGAGAAUGCGUUCAGAUGUGUACUUCUCCUCACAUUUUCCAGAGGGACAUUCUUCUUUCUUGCCACCACAACCACCUCUUUCUUAUAAUCAGAUAUUGCAGCAGUCUCUAGCAAUGGGAGGAGGAUCAAUAACUAGGGUGAUGCCAACUCAGAUUGUUCCAUCUCCUUGUGAUCAUGCUGUUAUUCAAGAUUCCAGAAACUCUGAAUCUAGUGAAUGUGUAUGGAUGCAGGUAUAGCAGUUCGGGGACGGAAUGAAAUGUCGUUUUCUUGCAUUAUCUGGAGGGAGGGAAGUUAGUGAUAAUCAUCGUUGUAGCUGAUAUUGUUUUAUGUACGCAGUUUUAAUGUUAAAUUAACUUCUCAUUUUCCCUGUUUUGGGGUU